AUGCGGAUUCCACCGCAAUCAAAUCUCAAAACCCUCGUCUCCGUCUCCGCCUCCGUUCUCCACCGCCAGGAGGAGCUACCACUCCACCAAUGGGCCUCCUCCCCAAUUCCCCUCUCACCCAAAACCAGUUCCCGGCAGCGGUGGCGGAAGCUACUCCGGGCCGGGACUCGGUUACGGCCUGGGCAUGAGGUUCUUCUCCGUCAAGCCAUCGAAUUUCAGCAAAAUCGAUGCAAGAAGGUGUUUGAUAAGCCGCUCUCCGCGGUGUCAUCGGCUCUCUCGCGGUAUCAGGGGGCCAUUGGGUUGCAGAUUGAGGCGUUCUGGAAGAGGAACAAUCUGGUGCUGUUGGGAAUUGGCGCAGUGUUGGUGUGUGCUCUGCUUUGGCGGCUCAUGUUUGGGAUUGCUAGCACCUUCAUUGGACUCUCUGAAGGCAUGGCCAAGUAUGGCUUCCUCGCCCUUUCUACCGCCAUUGUCGCAUUCGCUGGCCUUCACAUCCGCUCGAGAUUCACAAUCAAUCCUGAUAAAGUUUAUAGAGUCGCCAUGAGGAAGCUUAAUACAUCUGCUGGGAUUCUCGAGGUUAUGGGUGCUCCUCUCUCUGGAUCAGAUCUAAGAGCCUAUGUAAUGUCCGGAGGUGGGGUUACACUGAAGAAGUUCAAGCCAACUUUUAGGAGCAAGCGGUGUUUCCUCAUUUUCCCUGUGCGAGGUUCUGAGAGGAAGGGUCUGGUUAGUGUAGAAGUAAAGAAGAAAAAAGGCCAGUAUGAUAUGAAGCUACUGGCAGUUGACAUUCCCAUGGCAUCAGGACCUGACCAGCGUUUGUUCCUGAUUGGUGAUGAAGAAGAGUACAAAGUUGGCGGUGGACUUAUAGCUGAGCUUAGAGAUCCGGUUGUGAAAGCAAUGGCUGCAACCAAGGAAUUCGAUAAUCUUGACCAGAUUGAAGAAGAGGAGGAUGCUGAAAAAGCACUUCAGGAGGCCGAAAGAAAGCACCAUGAAGAAAUUGAAAAGCUUGAAAAGACCCCUUCACAGUGAUUGUUUUUCUAGAUUUUGUUCAUGCCCCUUCCAAAUACAGGAGUUUGUAAGUAAUGCGCAAGUCUUCGGCCAUCAUAUCAGAUUGUUGGUGUCGGCUACCCUUGCAUUGUUUUGCAGAGUUGAGUUUUACUGGUUGAAGUUACCUUGUACCACAAACAGCCAGCUUUGGAAAUUUCGAAGUUAAGAUGGCCCCAAAGAGGCAAAUAAGAAUGACAGACUAACAGCUGAAGCAGAAAGAAUGGCUUUGAUUCUUUGUUUCUCUGAUUUGUAUAUUCAUCCUCUUUCGAAACUUUGUGAUCUUACUUCCGAUUGUUUUGACUGUUUUUUAUGUGGAUGAAGGGUGAAAGGUCUUGUAAUUUUCCAGCACUUUCAAUUCGAGCUCUUGCUUGGUCAUCAAACAUUGUUAAUUUGAUUCUUCUUUUCAA